AUGGUUACCUCGGCUUCGGCGUCGACCUGUGCUCCAUAUCCAAUUCCUCUGAGGAUUGGCAACAUCUCGUUGCCAAACAACCAGAUAGCGAGAGGCGUUGAGCUAUCAAUCGGAGAACCCCCUCAGAAAGCUGCUUUUCUACCUCUGUGGCCGCUAAACAACACACUGCUGUAUGGCACCAACGGUCACUGCCAGGCCGGCGUCCCGAAUCCAGGCCCUUGGACCGAUGACGGCUGCACCACAUUUAGAGGAGGUGCAUACGAUUUUCUUGCUUCCAAAACGAGGAAGCAGGCUGUUUCUGACGCCUUUGCCGACGACAAGAAUGGUGACGGCUUUAUUGGUAGUCCGGCGUACCCAGAAGUCACCAAGAUUUCCGACGGUCUCCGGCUGACUAGCAACGUCACGCUGGAGGACUUCCCUCUCGAGAUCGCCUUGAACGACUGGGGCUCUCAGGCGUACUUGCCGAUGAUGGGCCUCGGACUAGGUCUCGACUCGACAUUGUUGAAAACCCUCAAGUCGUCCAACCGAAUCUUGUCUCGCUCGUGGGGCUUCUUUUGGGGCAGGAGCACGCCCGGACUCCCGGCGUCGAGGCAACUCGACGGCAGCCUCGUCUUGGGUGGGUAUGAUCGCGCAAAGGUGUCGGGCCAAGGCUUCACGCAGUCGCUCGUCGCCCCGGGCUCGGUGUCUCAGUGCCCGUCGCAGAUGGUCGUCACCAUAUCCGAUAUCGUGCUCAACUUUUCCAACGGCACGAACCGGAGCAUUUUCCCUUCCUCGAGCUCCAGCGCCAUGGCUACGUGCCUCACGCCCAGUCUGCCGGCCCUCAUUCGGCUGCCGCUCGACCCAUACUUUAACAACAUGAUGCAGCUGACAAAGGAGUCGAUCUUCCGGAUGGAUAGGUCUACUGGGAUAUACUUUUGGAACAUGCGUUACAGGGCGGACCAUGUCCCGUACGACGGCGACCUCACCAUCUCCCUCCAGUCAGGCCUUUCCGUCCGCAUUCCGAAUGAGCAGCUCGUCCUCCCACACACUGAGAUUGAUCAGACCACCGGCGAGGUGCUCGUCAACACGACCGGCCCAGAUCUCGUCAUCGACUCUCUGCAAGCCGAAGAGGCCAGCAAGUUUGCCCAUCUAGGUUGGCAGUUCUUCUCGUCGGCGUACCUUAUGGUCAACCAGGACGCAAACCAGUUCACCCUGUGGAAGGCCAACCCCACCGCACUCGAGGACCUAGUCGCGGUGGGUACAGCCGCAGAGGAGAUAAGGACAUGGUGUGCAAAGGAUGCGCAAAGCUCGGGCGGGGGAGGCAAUCAGCCAGAGACAAACGGCAGGGGCUCUGGGCCAAACGUGAGUUCGUCCGGGUCUUUGUCCAAGGGAGCAAUAGCCGGCAUCGCAGUCAGCGUCUUGAUCACCUGUUGCGUUGGUACCGUCCUGGGGGUCUGGUUAUUCAAGCGACGGAAGUCUUCUGGAGUAGAAGCGGAUGUCCAUCCCGCAGAAGAAAAAGGGCAAGCGGUUCCGGCUGACGGCUUGUCCAAUAGUGUAAUGUAUUAUCAGGGGAAGAGCGAGUUGCAGGGCGAAGAUGUCCACUACCAACAUUUGCCAAAUUACGGGAACGAGCCAGGCACCACGGCGAAGUAUGAGUUGCCUGGUUGA